GCUGGUCAAUUUUUCUACUCAGGAAGUGAAAAGAAGAGAAAAUGUCAUUGAAAUCAAAACGGAAAGCUAAUAUCAGCCUGGAAAAGGAUGAUAGUGAGGACCUCUUUCUCAGCCAGCCCAAGAAGACAAAGAAGAGCCAGAGCAAGAAAGAGGACGAUGAGCUGAAAGACGACUCUCUCUUUGGAGAGCUGAUAAACAAAGCAGGCUACAUACUCAAGAAAGGAGACCAGCCAAAUUUAUUAAAAUGUGACCAGGCAGUGUUUCAAAAGGACCUUAGAUGGGGCAUAAGAUCCCAUUCACUCUAUCGCAUGCCUGAAAUUGCUGAAAAAUUUGUGAAAGGAUUGGAGGAGCAUGUAGAAGAUGAAGUACGACUAAAGUGGUCACUUCUUUAUACUCAGACUGUCCCCGACUGCGUGAGUGCACGUGGUGGUCAACAAGACUCAUUGAUACGGUUGUGUCUAAACAUAGAGGAGCUACAACCAUGUCUCAUUAAGCUUCUGACUGAAAAACUUCUUGAAAUUGCAUAUGAUGAUGAAAACAGUAAUAGAGUGGAUUUCCCUUGCUUAAUUCUGGCGAAUCUUAAAUGGUUAGACAGAGUCGUAGAUUCAGACACUCUGACUGCAAAAAUUGUGGACCUCAUAGAAGGAUCUCCUGUCAAGGUUCAGCAGGAAGUUAUUGGUUUUGUGUCCAGCAUUGUUGAUGAUGCCAACCACCCCAAGAUCGCUGAAGUGCUAUGGUAAGUAAUUUAUUGAAGA